AUGAAGCAGUUCAAGCGAGGAAUCGAGCGAGAUGGUAGUGGAUUUGUGGUGUUGAUGGCAGAAGAAGCCGAGGAUAUGUGGCACAUCUACAAUCUAAUUCGAGUCGGCGAUGUGAUAAAAGCAUCUACGAUUCGAAAAGUUGUCUCUGAAACCUCCACCGGCACCACAUCCUCCCAAAGAGUACACACGAUGCUUACAGUAUCCGUAGAAUCAAUCGAUUUCGAUCCAGGAGCACAAGAACUUCAUUUGAAGGGCAGAAACAUCGAGGAAAACGAUAUUGUGAAGCUUGGCGCCUACCAUACCAUAGAUCUCGAACCGAAUCGGAAGUUUACACUGCAGAAGACAGAAUGGGAUUCUAUUGAUUUAGAACGCCUAAACCUCUCCCUGGAUCCUGCACAAGCCGCUGACGUGGCAGCUGUUGUUCUUCAUGAGGGACUCGCCAAUGUAUGCCUAAUCACACCUGCGAUGACACUGACACGAGCCAAAAUCGAUAUGACGAUUCCCAGAAAGAGAAAAGGGUUCACAAGUCAGCAUGAAAAGGGUCUGGAGAAAUUCUAUGAAGCAGUCUGUGUGGCGUUUAUGCGGCAUGUCAAUUUGCAGGUCGUAAAAUGUGUGAUCAUCGCGAGUCGUGGCUUCGUCAAGGACGCAUUCAUGCAGCAUCUGAUAGCCUACGCCGAUGCGAACGGCAAGAAAUUCACGGCGGAUCAGAAGGCGAAAUUCAUGUUGACGCAUUCGAGUAGUGGAUUUAAGCAUGCGUUGAAGGAAGUGCUGGAGACACCACAGGUGGCCGCGAGGCUAGCAGAUACCAAGGCUCAAGGAGAGGUGAAGGCGUUGAAUCAGUUCCUGGAGCUAAUGUCUACAGAACCGGAUCGUGCGUUUUAUGGUUAUAACCACGUCUCCCGCGCCAAUCAGGAGCUUGCCAUCGAGACCCUUCUCGUCGCUGACUCCCUAUUCCGUGCCCAAGACAUUGAAACCCGAAGAAAAUACGUAAAAUUGGUGGAAAGUGUGCGAGAACAAAACGGAAAAGUGCACAUCUUCUCGUCAAUGCACGUUUCGGGAGAGCAAUUGGCGCAGUUGACAGGUUGCGCUGCGAUUUUGAGGUUCCCGAUGCCCGAUUUGGAUGAUGAGCCGAUGAGUGACGAUGAAUAA